AAUCCAGAAAUUCUCUCCUUUUUCAUUCUCUCUCUCUAAAAACAGAGAAUAGGCCGAAAGAAUGUGCCAACAACAUGCCUCACCUCUCCCCUGCAAAUGCGGUCUAGACCAUCCAUACCUUAUCGCAGUUAAGGAAACAGAUCAAUCCGACAUGUUCCAACUUUUGAUCCCCAAAAACCCAACAUCCCACCAACAAGAACCACUCUUGAUCAGCCCAACUUUGCUAGCUCUCAGAGAAGCCAAAUCUAUUGCACAAAUCGCCUUGCCCAUGAUUCUCACCGGUCUCCUUCUCUAUUGCCGCUCCAUGAUCUCUAUGCUCUUCCUCGGCCGACUCGGCCACUUAGCCCUAGCCGGCGGUUCACUAGCUCUGGGUUUUGCAAACAUCACCGGAUACUCUGUUCUCUCCGGUUUAGCCAUGGGAAUGGAGCCCAUAUGCGGCCAAGCAUUCGGAGCUAAGAAAUUCUCCCUUAUUGGCAUUUCUCUACAAAGAACUGUUCUUUUGCUCCUCUUAACUUCUUUCCCGAUCGCAUUUCUCUGGAUUAAUAUGAAGACAAUCCUUUUGUUUUUCGGACAAAAGGAAUCGAUUGCGAUUGAAGCCCAAUCUUACCUGUUUUUCUCUCUACCCGACUUGCUUGCUCAAUCUCUGCUUCACCCACUGCGAAUUUACCUUCGUACCCAAUCCAUAACUCUCCCUCUCUCCUUCAGCGCUUCCAUGGCGACCUUUCUUCACGUACCCAUUAACUAUUAUCUCGUAAUUCACCUUGGAAUGGGUACAAGGGGUGUCGCGUUAAGCUCUGUUUUAUUCAACUUCAACAUGGUAGGAUUCUUAAUAGCCUAUAUACUCAUCUCCCGGAUGUACAAGAAGACUUGGACGGGAUUAUCGAUGCAAUGCUUUAAAGAAUGGAAAUCUCUCCUCUGUCUUUCCAUUCCCAGCUGUAUUUCCGUUUGCCUUGAAUGGUGGUGGUACGAAAUCAUGAUUCUUUUAUGCGGGUUGUUAGCGAAUCCAGAGGCCAACGUCGCAUCUAUGGGGAUUCUCAUCCAAACGACGUCGUUAAUUUACAUAUUCCCGUCUUCUCUUAGCUUCAGCGUUUCGACCAGAGUUGGGAACGAGCUUGGUGCCGGAGAGCCGGAGAAGGCGAAACGGGCUGCUACUAUUGGUCUCUAUUACAGUCUCGUGUUUGGAUUAUGUUCCCUGUUUUUCACGAUAAUGGUUCGGGGAAUGUGGGCGAUGAUGUUUACAAAUGACGGGGAUAUAAUUGCUUUGACGAAGAUGGUUCUGCCGAUAAUCGGGUUGUGUGAAUUGGGGAAUUCACCGCAGACGACUGUUUGUGGGGUUUUGAGAGGGACGGCGAGGCCGGCGGUGGGAGCUAAUAUAAACUUGGGGUGUUUUUAUGGGGUGGGUAUGCCGGUGGCGGUGGGACUGGGAUUUUUCUUGGGGUUUGAAAUGGAGGGAUUAUGGCUAGGGCUUUUGGCGGCGGAGAUGGCUUGCGCCGCCGCGAUGUUGGUGGUGUUGUGUCGGACCGAUUGGGAGAUUCAGGCAGGUAGAGCGAGAGAACUCACCGGAGGAGGAGGAGGAGGAGGUAAUACAGAUGGAGGAAGAGAGGAAGGUGAUAUCAACAAAGACUCUUGUUUUUCUUCAGACCAGCUUGAUUUAGUUUAA